AGUUUCCACUCAAUGGGCUCCCUCAGUAACUCACAUGGGCCUCCAAAUAAACCAGUUAUUAUAAUCAACAAAUUCACCAAUCCUUCCCUAUAAAAUCCCCUCUUAUUCUCUCAAACAUCAUCACUCACUCACACACCAAAUCAAACUAAGAGUAUUAGCACCUUAAUCUUAAUCAUUAAUCCAAAUGGCUUCCAAGGUUGCUAUGCUCCUUUGCCUCAACAUCAUAUUUUUCACUGUGGUAAGCUCCACAUAUGUUCCAUGUCCCCCACCACCUCACAAAGAUCACGGCCACUCACACCCUCAUCAUCCACCUUCCUCCAAAAACCCAACAUGCCCUAGAGACACAAUCAAGUUUGGUGUGUGUGCUGAUGUAUUGGGUUUGAUUAAUGUUGAGCUUGGUAAGCCACCAAAGACACCAUGCUGCUCUCUCAUUGAUGGUCUUGCUAAUCUUGAAGCUGCUGUGUGCCUUUGCACUGCUCUUAAGGCUAAUGUCUUAGGCAUUAACCUUAAUCUUCCAAUUAAUUUGAGCUUGGUACUUAACUAUUGUGGAAAGGGAGUUCCAAAGGGUUUCGUGUGCGCUUAAAUAGACACUGCUACUUAAUAUGGUUGUGUCACAAUAUAUUUUUUAUUCUUCAUGUGGUGUGUGGAUUUUGUACUUUUUGGUAUAUUCUCUCUAGCACUUGCUAUUUGUUUUUGCCUAUGAACAUUUCGUUCAUACUUGAUUGUUAUUAUUUAUUAUUAUCAUUAUUAUUGUGAUGGUUUGAAAUUGAAGCAUCUUUGUCUUCUUAUUCAUGGUCUCACUAUAGUGACAAGUAAUUUGUAUUCCAUCUAAGUGAAAUUUCUUGUAUUAAUAAAAUUUCUAUGAUUAAGCGAAAAUUCUAUGGUGUGUUGAUUCUCUA